AUGAUCAAUUAAGGUAGAUCAAAUGAUGCUGCAGUGUUCAGGGCGCUCCUCAACACUUAAGCUUAAAUAUUUUGCUAUUAAGUGAUUGCUGAGGGAACUCAAUAUCAUUAAGAAGGAAACUACUCCCGCAGAGGGAGUAGCUGCUAGACCCCUAUAACUAAACCUCUUUUUAUGGCAUGCAAAUAUUAGAGGCCCAGUGGGAUCUUUCACCUUGAAUUAAUUAUACCCUCAAAAUAUCCAUAUGAACUACCCUAAGUAAGAACUUUUAUUUAAUUACCUCAUCCUAAUCUGACUUUGAAUUCUAUUUGUCUAGACAUACUCCAGCCUCGAAAUCCUGAGGACAAAUAGUAAAAAGAUUUGUCAAGUGAUUACACAAUUUAAACUCUCCUAUUAUGGUUGCAGGCCUUUUUGUUUUAAGAAUUAAAAAGAACAGAUAAUUAUCUUAAACUGCUCACUGAAACCAAAUAAGCUGUUAUAGUUGCCAAUAAUUUUAAAUGUUCUGACAAGGAUUGUAAACAUAACGCUAAAGAAUCGAAAAUUGAAUAUUAUAUUAACACAUAACCUGAGUAAUAAUUAUUAGAAUAAUAAUUCAUCUGUUACAAUAAUACUAAGUUAAGUUACAAAAAAACCAUAAUUUGA